CCUGGGUCUGUUGCCAGCGGUGGAACAGAGGAGAGCGCUUCUCAGUGGGUUCCAACAGACUGCCAGGUGGGGCUCAGAGGACCAGCCUCUCCCACUGUCUCCUGAGCCCAAUCUUCUUGGCCAUCACCUUCCCCCUGCUCUAUGGCGGCUAUCACCGAUCUCUCCUUUAUGUAUCGCUGGUUCAAGAACUGCAAUCUGGUCCGCAACCUCUCAGACAAGUACGUCUUCAUCACGGGCUGUGACUCGGGCUUCGGGAACCUGCUGGCCAGGCAACUGGUUGAUCGGGGCAUGCGGGUGCUGGCUGCUUGCUUCACUGAGGAGGGGGCUCAGAAGCUUCGGCAGGAUACCUCUUGUCGGCUGCAGACCACCCUGUUGGAUGUCACCAAGACCGAGAGCAUACAGGCAGCGACCCAGUGGGUGAGGGACCAAGUGGGAGAGCAAGGCCUCUGGGCCCUGGUGAACAAUGCUGGUGUAGGCCUGCCCAGUGGACCCAAUGAAUGGCUGACGAAGGAGGACUUCAUGAAGGUGAUCAAUGUGAACCUGGUGGGACUGAUUGAAGUGACCCUCCAUAUGCUGCCCCUGAUCAAAAAAGCUCGGGGCAGGGUCGUCAACAUGUCCAGCUCUGGUGGUCGUGUGGCUGUCAUCGGUGGUGGCUACUGCGUCUCCAAGUUUGGUGUCGAGGCCUUCUCUGACAGCAUCAGGCGUGAGCUCCACUACUUUGGGGUGAAAGUCAGCAUCAUUGAGCCGGGGAACUAUCGAACAUCCAUCCUGGGCAAGGAGGGCACGGUGUCCCGCAUGCGAAGGCUGUGGGAGCGGCUGCCUCAGGAGACCCGGGAUAGCUAUGGGGAGGAGUACUUCUGCAACUGCAAACAGGUGAAAAUGUACUGA